UAAUCCUAUUUUCUUGAAUGUGAUAUACACUGAUCAGCCAUAACAUUAUGACCACCAGCCUAAUAUUGUGUUGGUCCCCCUUUUGCUGCCAAAACAGGACACCUUCUUCCAUUGCUCCAUGGUCCAGUUCUGAUUCUCACAUGCCCAAUGUUGGCGCUUUUGGCUGUGCAUAGGGGUCAGCAUGGGCACCCUGACUGGUCUGCGGCUAUGCAGCCCCAUACGGAACAAACUGUGAUACACUGUGUAUCCUGACACCUUUCUAUCAGAACCAGCAUUAACAUCUUCAGCAAUUUGAGCAACAGUAGCUCGUUUGUCUGUUGUCGUCCGUCUCUCCCCAUGUGCAUCAAUGAGCCUUGACCACCCAUGUCACCGGUUCACCACCGUUCCUUCCUUGGAUCACAUUUGAUAGAUACUGACCACUGCAGACCGGGAACACCCCACAAGAGCUGCAGUUUUGGAGAUGCUCUGAUCCAGUGGUCUAGCCAUCACAAUCUGGCCCUUCGUCAAACUCACUCAAAUCCUUACACUUGUCCAUUUUUCCUGCUUCUAACAUCAACUUUGAGGACGAAAUGUUCACUUGCUGCCUAAUAUAUCCCACCCACUAACAGGUGCCAUGAUGAGGAGAUCAUCAGUCUUCUCCAGACCCUUUCACGUCUAUCACGUGCUCAGGGUGAACCUGCUCUUAUCUGUGAAAAGCACAGGGCACCAGUGGCGGACCUGCUAAUUCUGGUGUUCAGUGGCAAAUGCCAAUCGAGCUCCACGGUGCCAGGCAGUGAGCACAGGGCCCAGUCUGUUUAUGAUUGUUUGAUUUGGUUUGUAAGGCUCUGGCAGUCAUCCUCUCAGCACAAAGGAGCAGAUACCGGUCCUGGUAAAGGACCUUUUACGGCCUGGUCCAGCUCUCCUAGAGUAACUGCCUGUCUCCAGGAAUCUCUGAGACUGUGCUGGGAGACACAGCAAUCCUUCGGGCAGUGGCAUGUAUUGUUGUGCCAUCCUGGAGGAGUUGGACUGCCUGUGCAACCUCUGUAGGGUCCAGGUAUGGCCUCAUGUUAUCAGUUGUGACACUGACCCUAGCCAAAUGCAAUGCUAGUGACAAAUAGUCAAAAAAGAUGAGUAGGGAAAAAAUAUCAGUGACCAUCUAUCUGUCUGUCCAUCUGUCUGUCUGUCUAUCUAUCUAUCUAUCUAUCUAUCUAUCUAUCUAUCUAUCUAUCUAUCUAUCUAUCUAUCUAUCUAUCUAUCUAUCUAUCUAUCUAUCUAUCUAUCUAUCUAUCUAUCUAUCUGUCUGUCUACUAAAACUAAAACUAUUCCUGUUUUUUGGGGGUUGUCUCAUUGUUGCCCAUCUAGUGCACCUGUGGUUAAUUUCAUCAACACCAAAGCAGCUGAAAAUAAUGAACAACCCCCUCUGCACCUUAAUUGACCAGAUCAAUAUCCCAGGAGUUUGACUGACCUGAUGUUAUACUUUAUAUAUACUAUACAUAUAUAUACACAUACGCACACUACAUUUCAAUGCCAAUAGACAAUCCUUUUUUUUACAUAAAGAAUACAUGUCUAUGAAAUCCUUUCAUUUCAUAAAGAACAUAUGAUGUGGUCAUUUUAUGCUUCUGAAUUUCUUUUUGUACUAUACUCCUCCACCUCCUCUAAUGAAAUCAGAGGGCCAUUAAGUGUGUUGGAGCCAUUAGUCUGUAGAGAGAAUUACAUGUUAAUCAGACAGUAAUUAGACCCACAAAGUGUUAUUACAUCACAGCAGCACAAUUCACCUAUCCAUCUUUAAAAAAGAAAAGCUUGAAUAUCAGCUAUUCAGAUGCUGUGUGACACACCGCCUUUCAUUUAUCUCUGAAUGAACACUGGGAUGAAAAGAUUUUCCUCUUAAUACUGGGAUAAAAGGAGCUUUUUUGAUUACUGACGUGGAUUUUAUGAAAGAAUACGGUGCAUUCGUCUGAUUCUUGACACGUUAAAGGAUUAAAAUCUUUAUUAACAAUUUCAAAUAGACAAGAAAAUCCUCUUUACAUGCUUCUUUCAUUCUGUAUCAGUAAAAUAUAUUUACACAUUUACCUUUUUUAUAUAGCAUAUAUUCUCUGUACAUUUUUUAUUCUCUGUACAUUCUGUACAUCUUUGUUUUUUUUAAUGUUUGUUUGUGCUAAACAUGCAGAAAUGCUAACGUUGCUUAUUUUAAUGUCAAUAUUUUCUAUUUUACUGUAGCUGUAUCUGAAGUCCACCUCCGAGUAAAAGUCUUAGCAUCCUGUAAUCACCAAAGUGACACCUUUUUUUUGUAUUUGACUCUCAUUUAGACGCUAAUACAGAGGCGCUGUUUCUAUAGCAACAGCGACUACUUCCACUAGAGGUCGCUCUUUCCCCAUUGAUUUCCCCCAUUGAGUUGCACGUGAAACAGGACAGUGUUGUUUUUUAUGGAGGGGGAUAAAUAAAAGACGCUUUUAUUGAGCAUUACUGACUGAAAUAAAGAGAUAAGAAGAUUGAAAUGAUUUAAAUGUGGAUCCAGAAACCUUUAAUGUUUUUUUGGUUGCUUUCAUUGGUGGAAAAAAAAUGUUACGUAGAACCAAGAACGAUCUCGAACAAAGCUGGAAGAAGAACCAUUAACUAUACAAGGAACCUUUUAAGGAACCCUGGAAGAACUUCAUUUCUUAGCUAAGGUGCUUGCUUGUGGUUUCUAUGUAGGAAAAAAAACCUUUUAGAAUUGUGUCUAUUAUUAUUAUUAUUAUUAUUAUUAUUGUUAUUAUUAUUAUUAUUAUUAUUAUUAUCGUAACAUCCGUAAAGCGCAAUGAAUUGUUUGAGGGGAAGGUGGCAGUCUUGUCGCUGAUUCUUGCACUUGGCUGUGCCUUUUGUUUCUGAGAGAGAGAGAGAGAGAGAGAGAGAGAGAGAGAGAGAGAGAGAGAGAGAGAGAGAGAGACUGAUUACACGGCCAGUCACGGUGAGUGCUGUGUGCGCGUGAGGAGGCAGCGGAGCGCGGUGCUUUAACGGAGAGCUGUACGGAUAAAACAGAGAGACGGACGGAGGGAUAGAGAGAUAACGGGAGGAAGGAAAAGGAAAGAUUCCCGGUGGAUGUGUAAAAUGGCGCGAGGGCGCGCGACUCCCGGGGACCAGCGCUCGUCGUAGGUCGCAGGAGAUUUCCGAGAUUUUCAUCUCUUCUCUCCUCUCUUCUCAUCCCCCCCUUUUCUCUCUCUCCUCCUCCUCUUCUAUCCGGUGUGGCUUUGUUUUUAUCCGCGCGCACACGUUUGGGAAAGUGAUGAACAUGGCGACGGGAAGGCGCCUCCUGGCUGCUGCGCGUCUGCUCGGCAUCUGGCUCGCCGCUUUUGUCGGCGUGAGCUGCGGAGCCGAGCUGUCCUUCACGCUGGAGCCCGGUGACAUCAUCGCGGUGCAGGAACAGCCUCUGAUGCUGCACUGUCAGGUGGAAGGGAUUCCACCAAUCACCACGCAGUGGAGGAGGAACGGAGCGAUCUUACUGGAGGAUAAGAACUACACCACCUUCAUUAACGGCUCGCUGCUGAUUGGCCGAUUCCAGAGAAGAAGGAGCGACGGAUCUUCGGAUGAGGGAGACUAUGAGUGUGUGGCCCAGAAUUCCUUUGGGCUGGUCGUCAGUCGCAAGGCCAAAGUGCAGGCUGCCACGAUGGCGGAGUUUCACGUGCACCCACGCUCAGUGCGAGCGGAUCUCGCGGGUGUCGCACGUUUUCAGUGCCAAAUCCACGGCCUGCCCGAGCCGGUCAUCAGCUGGGAGAAAGACGAUCAUGCAGUGGACACGAGUGACGAGAGGUACACACUCUUACCCACAGGAGUGUUACAGAUCACAGGUGUUCGCCCGGAGGACAGCGGAGUGUUUUGCUGUGUAGCUCACAACAGUGCAGGAGUCAAACACAGUGCUGGAGCUCGGCUCACUGUCUCAGGCUCACAGUCUUCUGUUUACAAAGACCCCAUGAUCCUCGUUGGUCCUGAGAACCUCACUCUCACCGUGCACCAGACGGCCAUCUUGGAGUGUGUAGCCACGGGGUUUCCUCGUCCCAUCGUGUCCUGGAGCCGCCUCGACGGGCGUCCGAUCGGCGUCGAGGGCAUUCAGGUGUUGGGAACGGGUAACCUGAUGAUUUCAGACGUCCGUGUGAAACACUCAGGCGUCUACGUCUGCGCAGCCAACAAACCGGGAACCCGUCUGCGUCGAACGGCUCAGGGACGUCUGGUGGUGCAGGCUCCAGCGGAGUUUGUUCAGCCUCCUCAGUCCAUCGCACGUCCAGUCGGCACCACCGCCAUCUUCACGUGCCUGGCGCAGGGCGAGCCGACUCCUCAGCUCACGUGGCUAAAGAACGGUCAGAUCCUGGAACCCGGUGGUCACGUCAAGCUCAGGAACAACAACAGCACGCUGACCAUCUCCAGCAUCAGUCAGGAGGAUGAAGCAAUAUAUCAGUGUAUAGCGGAGAACAGCGCCGGCUCGUCUCAGGCUAGCGCCCGUCUCACGGUCCUGUGGGCCGAUGGGUUACCGGGCAUCCCGAGUGACGUCCGCGCCGACGCCCUCUCGCCUACCUCCAUACAGGUGUCGUGGAACGAGCCGGCUCAGAACACGCAGGACAUCAUCGGCUACGUGCUGCACAUCCGCAAGACUGCAGACCCGAUAGAAAUGGAAUAUCAGGAGGCGGUCAGUAAAGUCACCCUCCAGCAAGUGGUCACUGACCUCGAACCAUCCACCAGCUACAGCUUCUACGUGAAGGCCUACACCUCACGUGGCGCGAGCAAAGCCUCCGUCACAGCCCAGGAGAGCACACUCGGAGAAGUUCCCGCUCCUCCGUAUCUGCACACUAAGAUGGUGGAGUCCAGCGUGGUGCAGGCCGUCUGGGAGCCGUCCACUAAAAUGGGUCAGCACGACGGCUUCAGGCUUUAUUACCGAAAAGCCCACGAGCCGCACUACACAGGGCCCGUCACCUUCAACCGCAACGUCACACACUACAACAUCUCUCUGAUGGAUCCCUCAGCUGUGUAUGAGAUCAAGGUUCUUGCGUUUAAUCAGUAUGGAGAUGGAAAUGCAACUCUGCGCUUUGUAUCUCUAAAGGAGGCGGUGGAAAAGUCAGUCUCAAAUACUCCAUGCAACUGUAUCAAGGAAGAGAAUAAAGGUUCUGCUACCGGCAUCAUCAUCGGCAUCCACAUCGGAGUCACAUGCAUUAUCUUCUGUGUCCUGUUUCUCAUGUUCAGCUACCGGGGAAGGUUAAUGGUGUGUAAGACGGCUCAGGCUGCUCCUCAGGUGGGACGAGACGCAACGGUUCCUGCAGCAUCUGUGGUUCUGGAACCUUCCUCGUCUUCACAGGGAGCUCUGCCUCUCAACGGCCUGCACACGUCCAGCAUGGACAGUAAUGGCGUGAACUGCAUCGGCGUCUCGAGCGAGAGGGAAAGACUCGUCUCGGGUCCGACCGACGCCACACACAUGAUGGAAAACUUGCUAGUUUCCUGUUCGCUAAAUGAAACUCAGAUGUCCACGCUUCCUCUGGAUCAUGACUUCAGCCUGAUGGAGGAACACCAGGUACCUUAUCGCUCUGAUGUCCAGGUGGAUGAAGGAUAAACGAGGGAUGGUGCCGUAAAAAAAAUAAAAUAAAUAAAUCCUCUCAGUAAUUUCCUCUCCCUCUCAGGUCAACCGAAAACUUUCCUAUUUUCUGUUUUUUAUUUUAUUUUUAUUUUUAUUUUUUUUGCAUAGAGUUUAUUAGUUGAAUACACACAUUUACAGGGAAUUCGCUGGACUCUAUAACUGGAAGAACGUUUUUUUUUUUUUAAAAAAAAAGGCGUAAUUCUGCCACGGACUGAUUUCAUCAUUGGAAAGGGGAAUAAAGUGAGAUUUUUGUUUUGUUUUGUUUUGUUUUGUUUGUUCCAGCAGUGCAAAGACAUUUAUUUUUGUUUUAUUUGUGAAGAGAAGAGUCCUGUUGCCUGCUCUCAACCUGCCAAUGAUUUCACAACCCCAUCCAGCGAAGACUUCAGCCUUUUCUCCAGGGAUUUUGAAAAACUCUUCCUAUUAUCUCAGGAUGUUUUUUCUUCCACGAUAUCAAUAUAUUUUUCUUUAAACGGCCUCCGGGUUUUGAAUCAUGGCGGCUCCCUCCCCGAAUCCUGGGGUUUACAACAGGAACCUACCUCAGCCGGAAUGAAUGUGUUGUAGGAAGCAUUAUUUUUGUUGUUGUUGUUUUUUUGGGGUUUUUUUCUCUCUCACAUUUCUGCAUCGUUUUCGGUUUCUUUAACGUGUGUUAACGAGCGUUCGGUCAGAAAACAUGAAGAACGGGUGCUACCCUACCUCAAACACCUAGAACCGCCGUUCGUCUGAUCUCGUUUAAGGGAAAACGAGGAAAAAAAAUCUCCAACAUAUAGCACUUCCAAACGUCGAAGUCAAUGUUCUACCUCAAGAUAACAACGCUGUUGUUGUCGUUGUGCUUUGUUUUUCAUAAUGAAACGUAUCUUUUUUUAUUUUUACCGCCUGGUUUUACUUCCCUUCCUUCUUGCUUUCUUUUGUGUGUGUGUGUGUGUGUGUGUUUACCUCAGUUUCACGGAUGCCAUCCUUAUAAAUUGUAUUCCUUUUCCAUGUUUUCUAGUGUUUUUAUGUAUGUUUUUUGGUAUUUUUUUACACGUACAGUUUAGUCGAAUCUAAAGGCUGUUAGAGAUGCAUUGCACUUCUACUAAUAAUUUCAGGAUCAAUUUUUAUUCCAUUCUGCGUGUUACGAAGAUACUGAUACUGUAUAUCAGCCACGAACACUGUAUGUAUGUGUGUGUGUGUGUGUGUGUGUGUGUGUGUGUGUGUGUGUGUACAACCCUCCGUCUGUAUGGUGGACGUCCGUUAUCGUAUUGUCUGAUGAUGAGAAUAUCGGGGAACCCACAGUAAUAUAGGUGUAGAUUUAUAGCUAGGGAAGUCAAGCACAGAUUUAUCACAGCGGGAAUCCAGACCUGGUUGAAACGGCAGGAUGUCGCUAAUAUGGUUUUGAUCCGGCGCACGCCGUUCGUCAACAUCACCAUGUGAUCAUUUCAUCAGGAAUAAAUAAAUCCAUUCAGCCUGACCUGUAAAAUCAGACUGGAAGGGCGUGACCUGUCCAUCAGCUGCCAAGUAAUGCAAAGCUCCUCCCCCAAAAACCAUAGCAGAGAAUGAAUAGCGCUACAUCACACACACACACACACUUAUAUACAUAUAUAUAAACACUCACACACACAUAUGCUCAUAUAUAAACACACACACUAAAACAUGUGCCCAUCUGUGCAUCUUGAAGAAACGGACAUCCUAAGGAUGUGUUCAUACUUUUAGCCUUAAUUCGAAUCUUAUUUAUAUUUAACGUUCACGUUACAGCGAAACGAAACCGUUCCUCAGCAACUCACAAAAUACAAACGUACACGUUUAGCGAGGAUUAGCAUUUCUGAACAUUUCCGAAAAUUUUCCAAACAACGUUUAUGGUGUAGAUUUUAUCAAACACUCAAAAUGUUUGGUUUUUGUUGAGGGGUUUUAACCGGUGUUUAGAAUACCAAAAUUAUUUUACUAAGAAAAGAAGAGAAAGAGGUAUGUGUUGGGGGUCUGGGAAAACCCUUUAUGGAGAAGUUUGGAAUAUUUGGAAUGCCAAAAGUGACAAAAAUCGAUUUUUUGACCAAAAUUUGACCAAAAAAUAGUUUAAAUGCUAAUGAUAUAAUGAUAUUGAAGCCUCUAACUACAAUGUUUUCUUCUUUUUUUUGGCAGUGAUUAUAACACUUUAUUAAUAAACAGACUUGAUACUUUUAUAUUCAUUUAAUUAUCUAUAAAAAAAAAAACCGUACACAGAUUUUGUGGCACAAUUUUGAAAAGCAGCCAAAAAUCAUGUUUUGACCAAAAUUUUCAGCGAGUAGCACAGCUUCACACCUCAGCUUUAAUAAAACAAAUAUAUUUUACCAAAAAGACCGAAAGAAGUGUUUUUCGUUGGGAUAUUUUCAACACACACGGCUAUUAAAACUGUAAAGGACACCGAAAACCUUCUUCGCUAGUCAGUCCUUUCCGCUAGUCAGUCCAUGAUCACAGAAAUGGACACAAAAUCAAGAAUAUUCUCCGCGACAUUUCACAGAUUUUCCGCAGAUUUAAUGCCGAGACUUGUUGUGCGACUCCAUCAAACACGUGACGCUGUGAUCAUGGUGUUAGAGAGCUAUGCUAAGUCUUUAAGUUGAGGAAUGUCUGUAAAUACAACCUAGCAGAAAACAUAGUUGAAAUUUCAGCAUGUGAAGGGUUUUCCCAGGCCGCCACACACCCCAUUUUAAACCCCUAUGAAGUUAGUGUGUCCGGUUUGGAUCAUGGAUCAGUGCUGUUAAAGCAGGAUGGUGACCCCACCCGACCCUGCUCCGGGCUAAGCCGCCUGAUUGGUCGCUGCUCCGUGACUUUAUUCCUCAUUUCCCCACUCUCGUUGCUUUGCUCUGGCUCCCUCUGGUUUUUCCAAGAAAAAUAAAUAAAUAAAAAAAUUAAUCCAGGAACAAAAAUUGCUGUUUGUCGCUGUGGUGUCACCGUUAGAGUUCACGCUUACGCCUGGACCCAUCAGCAUAGAUGGAGUUACAUUGGUCUAGAGAAUCAUGCGAUGGUUUUUUGGAUCGUUUCUACAAGCUAGUUACGUGCUAGUUGCUGUUUUCCUAGUCACAGACACUGUGGUGUGUUCUUCAUCCCACAUUUUAGCAUUAUUUCCUUUGCUUCUUAAGCCCUAACCAGGAAUGUGUGGGUGGAGCUAAUAAUAAUAAUAAUAAUAAUAAUAAUGAUAAUAAUUAAUUCUGGCCACUGAUUGGUUGAAUUUUGUUUUUUUUUAUCAUUAUCAGAGGUGCCAACAGCUUCGGAUUAGCUGCAAAAUAUACUUUUUUCACUCUGGUGAUACAGGAAACACGUGAAAACACAUGAAUGGGAGCGAGGGCAUGACGUGGUUAAACACUGACCCUAAAUAUGAGGAGGAAGAGCAGAGAGUGAGCGGGUGACGAGUGAGUGGGUACAACUGUGCUGUUUAUGGUAAUCGAAUCAAUACACUAUUUUAAAACGUUUUAAUUCCGUAAAGGAGAAAGAAGCACAUGAUAGACGAAUCUGUUUCUUUUAGCAUUUACUUCUGUUUAACUCUGACUUUAUCGAGCCGAUCUUUGACCUCUGAAUUCUCGAUGCCUAGUUUUAGUUUUGUGAUUUAGCGUAAAUUAGCGUAAGAGGGCCGCGGUGUCUGAUUAGUCAGGAUCGUCGCUAUGUUUUGAAGUGAAAUUCUUGUUUAUUUCUUGUCAUUAACGUUGGCACCACUGCAGUUUUGGAUUCGUUUUUUAUUUAUUUAUCCACUGCAAAGUAUUGGCACCCUUUGCCACCACUUUACCUGAAGAAAACACGUUGUAUCUCAUACUGAACAUUUCGCUUCGUCAGGAAUAUCAGACGUUGCGAAAUUCUCGUAAUAUUUUACGUAUCGUCCGGAUCGCUGGUCUCGUUUCUGUGAAUUCCAGAGAAAUCGGAGGCAAGAGUACGGAUAACGAGCCGGAAUUUUGCGCUAGCGUCACAGACCGAGUAUCUGGUGACCUAUAGGAGUAUCUAUCUGUAGGAGUAUCUAUCCCCAGCUAGGGGUGAGAGAUACCACAGACUGAUCAUAUCACGAUAUAUCAUUUUUUAAAGGUAUCAUUAAUUCAGUGCCAACAACAUCCAUAAUAGCUUCAGCUUGAGGACCAUUGCAGCUUCAUCAUACAAUAAAAUCUAUUUUUAUGAAGAAAAGGAGAAAAAAAUAAUAAUAAAAAAAAGUUUUUAAUGUCCAGGAAUAAUAAAGUGUGUGAUGAUUAAAAUUUAUAAUUAUUAAAUUAUAAAAACAGAAUUAUAACGUCAUUAUAUCAGAAUACCGAUAUCAGAACAUCUAUCUGUUUAAGGCGAGACAAUACAGGGUUUUUUGAAAAAAAUAAAAUAAAAACAAAAAAUGCUGAUAUUUUGACUUCUAUUUAUUCAGAUCGUAUUAAAUAUCCAGUCUUUUUGAUGUCUGAAUUUAGAAUAUAGAUUUUGUAAUAUUUUUCGAAACAGGGAUAAAAGUUUAAACCUCAAAUUAACUGUGAUGUUUUGUUUCAAAUAUGGAAAAAAACGGUGAAAAAAUAAAGGAAAUUAAAAUGUACAUCAUAAUGACACAGACAUCUAGAUGUGAUUGUGCCGAGUGGGCGGAGCUUAAACCUCACUAAACCUCACCUACGCUAAAUUUCAUGUGGAAAUAUGGUAGUUCUGUGGAGUUUGGAUAUUUGUCUGUGUUGUUAUUUCACAGUGUAAUAUUAGAGUGCAGUUAUUAUGGAUGGAUUAUUUUUCUAGCUGUAGUGUCUCGCCUUAAAGAAACAGUCGACUCUGUAAUCAGGACGCAACACUAUGCCGGAUUUCCGUCUCCGUAGUGGAUCUACAUAUAAAAUAUCAUGUCUGAUAAUCUACCUCAUGCUCUCAGGUCCGUAUCCGUGGGGAAGAUUUUUGUGUUUUGGUUUGGUUUUCAUUCUCUGUGUGGAUGUCAGUGCAGGAGUUUUAGGAUUUAUCUGUGGUCUGACUCAAACAGCUCUCAGAGACGCCACGGUAAUCGAAAAAAAACCCCGGCUUUUCUCAGACCUCUUUGCAGUCUAAAACCUCCUUUGUGGAUAUUAAAGUGUGAAAAAAUACUCAAGGUGCUUUCACUCGUUCCACCAGCGUUUUUAUAUGUAACCUCUGGGAAGCAGCUGCUGUUAAGAGGCACUUACUUUUGUCUAUAGUAUGUAAAAAGUCUCUUAAGUGGCAUCAUAUUCUUUAUUUUUAUUGUUACUCCUGAGUAAACAGGUUGCUCAUUAGGCGUGAAGUGCUGAAAACAAACAUGCUGCUGGUGAAAUAAGUGAAAAUCUUAUUGUUGAGUGACUAUGAGGACAUUUACGACCGAAUAGAAAAUAUUUCAUCACUAAUAUUCUAAAAUAAAUUAAAAAUGACGACAGGUCUGGUACAGUAUGUGACGUUCACAUGUACACUAUGUGACUGCAGAUGCCUGCAGCAACAAAAACAAUCUAGGAGAAAUUCAUUAACUGCGAUUGGUUGUCAUGGUUACAGCGUGCACAAUGCACAAAUAGCAUCUCUCCUAUCCACGUUUUUUAGCUGGUACUACCUAGAGCUGGUUGUCAUGGUUACAGCAUACAUUUGGCAUGAAUGACGUUUCUCCUUUCCAUGUGUGUUAGCUGAUAAUAGCUAGGGCUGGUUGUCAUGGUUACAGCGUUCACACCGCACGAAUAUCAUCUCUCCUAUCCACGAUUUUUUGCUGGUACUAGCUAGGGCUAGUUGUCAUGGUUACAGCGUACAUUUGGCACAAAUGGCGUUUUUCCUUUCCAUGUUUGUUAGCUGAUAAUAGCUAGGGCUGGUUGUCAUGGUUACAGCAUACAUUAGGCACAAAUCAUGUUUCUUCUUUCCAUGUUUGUUAGCUGGUACUAGUUAGGGCUAGUUGUCAUGGUUACAGUGUACAUUAGGCACAUACGGUGUUUCUCUUUCGUAUGUUUGUUAGCCGAUACAAACUGCGACUGGUUGUCGUGGUUACAUUGUGCACGCUGCAUGAAUAGCAUCUCUCCUUUCCACACUUGUUAGCUGGUACUAGUUAAGGCUGGUUGUCAUGGUUACAGUCUCUUUUGUUGCAUUAACCACAUCUGUGGUGAGCGUGAUAAAAAUCCAAAACUUUAUAUUCUUGUGAUUGUUUCUGUAAAUGUUACAGUUUUCUAUCUGGAAUAAAAAGAAAAGAAAAAACGCAUUUCGGUGCUGAAGGCUAAAACCGUAGAAGGAUCCGUGAUGUUGUGUUGAAUUUAUGAACGCUGUGUACGCUGAACCUCUCCAGAGAACCUUUCUGAAUUCACAGACAGGUGACAAAUUAAAGGAAAAAAACAUCUUAAUGUGUUAAUGAGGCAAUUACGCAAACUGAGCCAUCAGAACAUCUUAGCAUCGAAUCUCCAAUUCCCUGAACCUGUACUGGAGCCACGAACACUGUUCUUCCUAUCAGUCAGUGAUAGUUAGAGCUGUGGAUGUCUAACAUGUCGCUCUGAAAUCUACUAUUGGAUUGAGAUUUGGUGUGGGUGAAGACCACAGCGUCCGAUUUACACCAAAGCUCUCGAGAACUGUAAAAGGGGGCGGAGUCAUCUUGGGAGAAAGGGCGGUCUUUGGAAUAGAACUCAAUGUACGUCGGAAUGGAUUUGUGGCAACUCUACUAUCUAAGAAUAAAUAAAUAAGAACGUAGAAUGUUUUUUUCCUUUCAUUUCUCACUCGUUUGCCUGACAGGGCCGGCUUUAUGCCUUAUUCAGAUUUGCGUUUCUAAUCCCGUGCCCCGUCGCUGAUCUCCGAUGCCAGUCUUUUGUUUCAGCUUCUCAGUGAUCCUCUUUUCGGAGAUUAACCAAGGCAGCAGGUGCCUUCUAAUGCUCCUUUAGACAAACACAGAGCAGCUCAAUGUUGUUUCGGAGAUACUAAGCAGAGAAAUCCAACGCCGUCUUUUUGGGGUUUUUUUGUACUCUUUCCUCGGUUUUAUCUGUAUAAUCUCUAAAAAAACAAAAAGGGUAUUAGUGUCCAGUCCCGAUGGCCCUUUAUCAUCCUAAACAAACAGCUAACCCGCAAUGAAUGGCCCAUUUAUCGAAGGGUUUCUCGCUGCCCCUAAGAUUCCCAUCGGGAGGACGACUCGGAGACGACCCCAUUAGCAUGUAGCGGUGUCGGGUUAGCGGCGCCACCAUGGCAACCCCGGCGCAUUCGGAUUCGUUCGGGUCUGCAAAGCAAACACGGUUUUGUGCGGGUCGCCGUCUGAGCGCCGUGAGCGCUGUCACUCAAAGGCGGGCUUUAAGACAGCGCUGGGACCGAACAUGCGGAUUAUCCUCCUCACAGUUUGCUUAUCACACUCCAUUAAUAACGAUAGCUCGUGGAGAUCGGUGCAGAAACUUCCAGAACUCGGUGGUUUACGUGUAGGCGCAAAUCCACUGCUUACAAAUACACUGACUUUGAUCUGUUAUUAUUUUUUAUUGUUUUUGUGUCAUUUGAGCCAAAGACAGCACAUUAUUUAUGGCAUUUAAAAAAAAAAUCAGUCAUUUCAAUUCCGUACCAUCGUGUCCAUCCGUUUCUGGUUCCAGUUUGCCCAUGAGCAUCGUCAAGAUGACCGCCGGAUGGACAAACUUUACUAGAUGUUACUCAAGAUAGCUAACAGUGUUAGAUUUAGUGGUAAAUGUGUUAAGUAAUUCUCUCCACACACACACACACACACACAGGGCUAUAUAAGUAUAUAAGUAUUUUUGCUAUAUCAGGUGCUGUGUAACUCCAGUGAUCCAAUCAUCUACUGAUUCUUUCUUCCUUCUGUUUCAUGUCCAUAAAGUCGUUACUUAUCAGAAAAAGUCCACCAGAUCUCUCGGCUCACCCGAACGUCCUCGUUCAACAAAAUACACAUUAAACCCAGAUAAAUUCCCCUCGUCCAAUGAGUUUCUCAUCCUCUGCUGUAGGCUUCCUUACAGAACCUUCACACGAGAAGCCUUCAGCUGUAGGGUCCAUAGGGGCGGGUUCAUGUCCUUAAGUCCUCCAGACAUUUUAUAUGAUGCUGAAAUACUUCUUUGAGUCAGAAAGGAUUUCUAGAUUUUGUGUAUUUAUCUCUGUAAAGUUAUUACUUAUCUCUUGGAACUGUAUAUAGAGGCCGUGUCACUACUCAAUCCGUGGCGGAAACACGAUUUGUACUGAUCAUGUGCAGAAACACGGCUACUUCCUGUCUGAAGUAUGACGAUACGUCACUUUUGGGUAUUUAUAACACUGUUGUUAUAACACUACUAAUAAUAUAACGUUAUAACGUGUUGUUGACACUACCCGAUCCGUGCCGGAAAUAGAUCUUCACUAGUGAUUCUCUUGAUACUUUUUUGGUCAAAUAUAUAAAUUAAAUUAUAUUGAUUAAAUUGUGUAAUCGAUUCAUUUGGCACAAAUUAAACAAAUUAAAUAAAAUAAAACUUUAAAUGAAAAAAAUUACAUUAAAUAUAUUACAUUUGCUAGACUCCAAUUUGGCAAUACAGAUGUGUAUAUAAGUGCAAGUGUGUGUGUGUGUGUGUGUGUGUGUUUGUUUUACAUUUAAUAUUUAAUUAUCUAAAGAUAUGUUCUACUUGUUCCAGCUUUCCACUUUAAAGAAUGUCUGCUUUUAAGAAACACCCAAGAUGCUCAUUUAUGCAUUCAGUUUAUUUAUUCAUAAAUUAAUUCAGACCUUCCGUCACCCCCCCCAAAGCGCAAAGUGUCGUAGAAAACGUUGGAGAUGACAGGAAGUGGCAGCAAUUUCAAUGAGCAGUUUCCGCACAUGCUCAGUAUAAGUCGUGUUUCCGGUACGGAUGGAGUAGUGACAGUAGGCCCGUCGGGGCGGGAAUCACGCUGCCCUGCGCUCACUCUGUUAGCAUGUGCACUGGUGGAGGAGCAGCAGGCAGGACGGUUAAUCACCAGGUCGCGACUUUCACCUCAAAUUGAAAUAAAAAUUCCUUUACAACGUCAUGAGACAGUCACGUGUGAGAACUUUGAGGCUACAGAUUCAUGUCUUUAUCGACGUUUUCCUGCCGGAACAAAUCCACCGCCGCUGCUAAAGCUUCUCCUUCUCACCGGUCACUGCUGUCCGAGCGCUUGAGGUACAAAUAAAACCAUGUGUUAUUUUGUCAGAAGAACAACAUUGUGGCUUUAGUUUUGAGGUUCGCCAUUUGUGAAAAACUUUUGCUGGCAUCUCAGAAGAAACAACAAAUAUAGAAAUUAACCCCAAAAAUAAAUUAAUUAAUUAAAAAAAAAAUACAACCAUUUAGUCAUUUGGGAUUUGAGAAAAAUUCUCGAAAUUGUGGCUUGGUGUCUUAGAAAUAACACGAAAAGUUCUCUAGAUUUCUUCAGAAGUUAGAUAUUAAAUGAAUAACAAAUGAGCUCAUUUACAUAAACUCCGCCCCAUAUCCUGCACCUUUGUCUACAAAUGACCCGCCCCAAAAAAGAUAGCUUAUUUACAUAAACGCCGCCCCAUAUCCUGCACCUUUAUCUACAAACGGCCCCAAAAAGAGAUAGCUCAUUUACAUAAACUCCGCCCCAUUUCCUGCACCUUUAUCUACAAACGGCCCCAAAAAGAGAUAGCUCAUUUACAUAAACUCCGCCCCAUUUCCAUGCACCUUUAUCUACAAACGGCCCCAAAAAGAGAUAGCUCAGUUACAUAAACUCCGCCCCAUAUCCUGCACCUUUAUCUACAAACGGCCCCAAAAAGAGAUAGCUCAUUUACAUAAACUCCGCCCCAUAUCCUGCACCUUUAUCUACAAACGGCCCCAAAAAGAGAUAGCUCAUUUACAUAAACUCCGCCCCAUUUCCUGCACCUUUAUCUACAAACGGCCCCAAAAAGAGAUAGCUCAGUUACAUAAACGCCGCCCCAGAUCCUGUACCUUUAUCUACAAACAGCCCCAAAAAGAGAUAGCUCAUUUACAUAAACUCCGCCCCAGAUCCUGUACCUUUAUCUACAAACGGCCCCCAAAAAACCUUAAAAAAAUUAUUUUUCUCAUAAGAAAAAAUAGACACGAUUAAAAAUUUUUUUUUUCAGGUGUUUUUCGAAGAUUGCACAAAUUUUUACACACACACACCUUUAAUAAAUCAGGGUUCUAGCUCUAGUAUCUAGUCUGGAGGUCUGUCCUGUCUGAGGCUUGCAGUAUUACCACACCAGUGUGUGUGUGUGUGUGUGUUUUGUACAGAUGUGUGUGUGUCUCUCUCCACACUUUAGAGCCACUGUAUCUGCUUCAUUCUUUGCUAUUGUUUAGCGAGCGCUCCGAGGUUUUGUGAAAGCUGUACCUGUAUCUCUUUAUUUUGUUUUCCCGCUCUGAUGUCCUUCAUGUUCAUGUGUUUGUUUGGGAACGCCGCGGAUCCGUUCCUCCGUGUUCUCUGUGUGUGAUAAAUAAAAUCCGGAAGCUUCUCUCGGGCGUGGUGAUCUCAGUUUCACGGCUACGUGUGCGUAUGUGCUGUAUGAUAGACCUGAAUAGACCAUUUUUAGUGGUUUGUAUUGUUUUAGGUUUCCAUAAACAAGAAAAAAAUACAUAAACGAUGAUAAUAA